UGACUCGUUGACAUGGUAUGCAUAUCAAUGGGGCGGGAGAGGAGCCGCUCUUAAAAGGAAGGCACUGGCGUUCAGAGCUAAGACGGGUACAAGACAGUCGUUGAGAAAGACAGAAAGAAAGAAAAAGAGAACGAGCGAAAAAGAGUAAAAAAAGAGUCCUCAGCAUACGUACUUGGGAUCCAGUAAAAUCUCCCUGCCGACACUCCAGGGCACCGGCGCCAAGCCUCGGCAAAACUGGACUGUAUGAGAUAGAAAGAAAAAAUCGGGAGCGCACCUGCUGACAUGAAGUGUGUAACCGCCGCUCUACUCCUGCUCGUUAUCGCCUUGUACUCCAUCAACGUGGAAGCCUAUAAGUGUAAAUGUACAAGGAAGGGUCCAAAGAUUCGCUACAAGUAUGUUCAAAAACUGGAGAUCAAGCCAAAGUAUCCAUUCUGUCAAGAGAAGAUGAUCUUCGUCACAUUGGAGAACGUAUCUCGUUUCAAGGGUCAGGAAUACUGUCUGCAUCCCAAAUUGCAAAGCACCAAGAACCUGGUGAAAUGGUACACAGCAUGGAAGGAUAAGCACAGGGUGUAUGAAGCUUGAAUCACCAUUGGAUUUACAACUUUUUGGAUGAACUCUCUGACUACCAGUUUAUUUGAAAAAAAAAAAGCACAACAAUUACCCCAACCCCAACAUAAAAAUCAGUUUUGUAUUGUAAACACUUUAUUUACAGUAUGAUGGUUUUGCACUUUUUCUUUUGAAAUUCAUAUUCAGAUGUAGAAGAUGUAAGGCUUGAGAAGAGAGAGGUGGUCAAAUGUGUCGGAGACAGCCUUGCUUCUUGUGUCAUCCUAUUGUGAAGGAUCUGUGUGUGCUUCACAGAGGAUGACUUUUUGGAGGAAUUUCACAAAUACCGCCAUAUUUGGUCAUUCAUUUCAGAGCACUAUGUUAUUUACUGUUUAAGAUAACAUUUUAUGACCAAGGAAAGGAGUGAUUUCCAGUCUUUUUUUUAAAUAUAACAGUUUUCAUAGCAAGUGCUUAUCACAAACAACAAAUUAGGAAUAAAAAAGGCUUUGGGUACCCUAACUCCAUUUCAAUACUAUAACUACAUAUAAUAUUAUAAAAUAAUAGAAAACAAUAAAUAAAUGUAAAAGUAUUUUGAGAAAUGAAUUAUAACAAACAUUUUUAAAAAUAAUAGCUUUUUUGAGUAUACUAUGAAGAAUAUUUACCCAACUUCUCAAUGGCUUUUUUUACCAACAAUGUAAAGUAAGUACAGUGACAAGAGUU